AAUUAUUUCAGAUGAACUAAAAUGUCGUGGUUUGCUAGGGGAAGGUUUGGUCCGCGGAUUAAAGAAAUCCUGCAGUUUAAAUCUGGAUCCAAUCAGAACAGAUUGCUCCCUCUUCAAUACAGUGUUGAACACUGUAAAUUAUGUGGAUCUCAACACAACACCUCACACAGACACUACUCAGGAUUACCGAGGUCUCGAGCUCGCCUGCUGGUCACACCUCGUCUUAUCACGCAGACCUAUCAAAUCAGACAUAUAGGAAUUAUUCCAACAGUUCUUAGAAGUGUUCUCAAAAUCAGGUAUUUACUGCUUGGUACUGCAGUGGGAGGUGGUGCUAGUAUAGCAAGGCAGUAUGAAGACUGGAAAAAAGGGUUACCGGAUACAGCCUGGUUAAAGGAGAUGAUUCCGGAAAUAGAUAUUGAUAAGUUCAGACAUGGACUCAUUGGCUUGAAAGACCAGAUGAAGGGAAAAGUUGGUGAAAUACAGAUGGAUCCUAAACUCAAGGAUGCUGGUUGGGAGAAGUAUUCCGAGUUUAAGAUCUGGUUCGAUAAGAGGCUGGACGCCGCUAUCAAGAAGGUCGAGGAGGAAGAGGAGGAGAAGGUCGUUGUUGUCAAGGAUGAAAAGAGUUUAAUGAGUAGUUUACAAGAGGAAUUCAACAGAAUGAAGGAAAAUUCACCAAAUCUGGUUCCUGUAGUUACUGCAUUCAGGUGGGGGAUAGUUCAUCUUCUAUCAGGGGUGCAGAUCAAGUACCAGAAACAGAUAGAGAGGCUGGAGAAGGAGAAUAAGGAGUUGAGGAAACAGCUGCUGCUCAGGGGGAAACAGGCAACAUCCGCCAAACAGAUCAAGAAAUCUCUCAUUGACAUGUACAGUGAGGUGCUAGAUGAUCUGUCUGGAUAUGAUUCUAGUUAUAACACUGCAGAUCAUCUACCUAGGGUUGUGGUCGUGGGAGACCAAAGUUCAGGAAAGACCAGUGUGCUUGAAAUGGUUGCUCAGGCGCGCAUAUUCCCGCGCGGGGCUGGAGAGAUGAUGACCCGCGCCCCUGUCAAGGUCACGCUCAGUGAAGGACCUUAUCAUAUUGCUCAGUUCAAGGAUUCCAACCGUGAGUUUGAUUUGACCAAUGAGAAGGAUUUAUCGGAACUAAGACGGGAAGUGGAAAUCAGGAUGAUGAACAGUGUACGUAACGGGCGCACAGUGAGCACAGAUGUGAUCAGUAUGACCGUAAAGGGGCCAGGAUUACAAAGGAUGGUUUUAGUUGAUCUUCCAGGGAUCAUUUCUACAGUAACCUCAGGAAUGAACCCUGAGACUAAGGAUAAUAUUAGGAACCUUGCUCAGACCUACAUGAGUAAUCCAAACGCAAUUAUUCUUUGUAUACAGGAUGGUUCUGUUGAUGCUGAGAGGUCGAAUGUGACGGAUCUUGUUUCCUCCAUGGACCCGAGCGGAAAGAGAACCAUCUUCGUCCUCACCAAGGUCGACAUGGCGGAGCAGAACCACUCACAUCCGGACAGGAUCAGAAAGAUACUGUCUGGUAAACUGUUCCCAAUGAAAGCCCUGGGUUACUUUGCUGUAGUUACAGGCAGAGGAAACAAAGACGACACAAUCCAGGAUAUUAAAGAAUACGAAGAGGAUUUCUUUCAAAACUCCAAAAUAUUCAAGGGAGGUAUAAUCAACUCUAGUCAGAUUACCACCAGGAACCUCAGCUUUGCAGUGUCGGAGUGCUUCUGGAAGAUGGUUAGGGAUACUGUAGAACAACAGGCGGAUGCAUUCAAGGCUACUAGAUUCAACCUUGAAACUGAGUGGAAGAACAACUAUCCUCGAAUCCGUGAACUGGAUCGGGACGAACUGUUUGAGAAAGCUCGAGGAGAAAUAUUGGACGAGAUUGUAAACCUUUCACUUGUAUCAACACAGACCUGGGAAGAGGCUCUAGGACGGAAACUAUGGGAGAAGGUUGCUGGUCAUGUGUUUGAGAAUAUUUAUCUCCCGGCAGCACAAACCCAGAGCAGUGGCAGUACCCGUCAGAUUAGCCCACAUAAUCGUAGUGGAACAUUUAAUACCACAGUCGAUAUCAAACUCAAGCAAUGGGCAGAAAACCAACUUCCAAUCAAAUCCGUUGAGGUCGGAUGGGAGACUUUAAAAGAAGAGUUCUUGAAAUUAAUGGAGAGAGCGAAGAAGGGACGGGAGCAUGACGAUAUUUUUGAUCAGCUCAAGGCAGCAGUUGUGGAGACGGCCAUGAACAGACAUAUGUGGGAAGAUAAGGCUAGUGAGAUGCUACGUGUUAUACAGUUAAAUACUCUUGAAGACCGAUCUGUUCAUGAUAAACAACAUUGGGAUGGUGCAAUCAAAUUUCUGGAGGAUUCAUUGCACGAGAAAAUAACAACUAAUGAAGCAAACCUCAAGGAGGUUGUAGGGGAAAUGAUUUUUGGAGAUCAUCUGGGGGGAAAAAUAGGACAUGAAAAGGCAGAGUUGGAUCGAUUGUUGUCAUCUGAAAACGACCACGGACCUCAUCUUUCACAUGAAGAGAUUACGACAGCCCGUAGAAAUCUUGGAACUCAGGGGGUCGAAGUUGACAACGACAUAAUUAGAGAGACCUGGUAUCCAGUAUUUAGACGACACUUUCUUCGAGGAGCACUUGGUAGGUGCUACGAUUGUAGGAGAGGAUACUGGAUGUAUCAGCAGGGAAUGGAAACUGAACUAGAAUGCGGAGAUAUUGUUUUAUUCUGGAGAAUCCAGCAGAUGCUCAGAGUAACAGCUAAUGCACUUAGACAACAGGUUAUGAACAGAGAGGCUAGAAGACUGGAGAAGGAGAUUAAAGAAGUUCUGGAGGAAAUGUCCUCAGAUGAAGAAAUUAAGGUGAUAAAAUGAAUAAU